AAAUGUGCAGCUAUCCACCGGCUAGCGGUGGCGUCUCCAUAUUUGUGUCAAAUUCUCGAGAGGGAAUUUAUGCAAAAAAAAAAAAAGAAAAAAAAAAGAACAAAACAGUUUUAAAUAAUGUGAUUAAAAAAUUCCUUGGUCAAUGUGGAAUUUUUUUUUAAAAGUUACAUUUGUAAUAUUGUAGACUACGGCUUUCCAAAAUUGCCCCGCUUCGACAUCGACAGUGUCCUAUACCAAAUGUCCACACACACAUGAAGAGUGGAUGGCUGCAACAAGACGAAAAAAUUGCUCAAGCAUUUCCCAAAACUGUACUAGUCCAGAAAAUUUCAGAUAUCAUUGUGUUUCAAACGCCUUCAUGAAUGAAACAAUUGAAGUGUGUGCUCCUGGAUUAUUUCUUUUAGGAUUUUGUCCAGAAUAUAAUUUCCGUGGUGAACGAAUACAAGAUAACUACAACGCUGAUUGUAAACAUUACGCACAGCCUUGUGCAAACAGAUACGAGUCUUGGAAGUCCUACAAAUUUCCAGAAUGUGUUGCUGUGAAAAACACAAAGCACAGAAGUAAAUCCUUAUUAUCGAAUAAAGUUUCAAAUUUUAGUUCAGUGAAAAAAAAAAUUGAAAGACCAGAAGUCAGUGCAGACAGUUCUAUGGACGUGAUUUUAUGGUCGUGCCUGAGUCUUUCAUUCGUUAUAUUUAUAUCAGUUUGUAUAUUCCUUUUUAUGAAAAGAAGAAAGGAAAAAAAUACAAGAGAAAUGUUCCCAAGAACAUGAAGAAGAUAGACCACUUAAUGAUAUCGAAUCCCAGAAAAGGUGAUUCUUAAAGAUGUGGAUAGCUAUACUUAAUAUUGUCAUCAUAUAACUUACUGAUUAUCAAAAACUGUGUGAAUGGAUUCGCUGGACAUUCAAUUAC